AGGGAAAGAGCGACUUCGUCUUGCUAAAAAAGGGAAAAAAAAGAAAAGAAAAGAAAAAAAGGAAUCAAUCAUUUUGCAACGCUUAUUAACCCAAUCCAUCGGUUUAUUUGCAUAUCGGGUUAGCGCAACAUAGAACGUUAGGUUAACUUAAAGGAGGAGGACGCAAACGAGAACAAAACCAAACAAACGCACAGCCAACUCAGAACUUUAAAAGCUAUUCCGUAUAAUAGGCUGGCUGGCUGGCGCGUUGCACAAACCGCGUCUCAACUUUUUCCCCCCCUUUGGUCGGAAGCUUCCCCCCCUUUUUUUUUUGGGUCACACAUGGAUAUAAGGAGGUAAAAUCUGGACGUCGUUUUUUUUUUUUUUGGUUUGUUUGUUGCGUAGCUAAACCGCCGUUGUGACUUGAGUCGAGCGGCUCCCUUGUGGGUGUGAAGAGGAGCGAGCCGCGUUCUAGAACCCCGCGCGCAGAGCCGAGGCUACAAGUAGUCGCUCGGCUGCCAAGACGACAAACUUUGGCGAGUCUGCAGCAUCAACUUCGCCGACGCCACAUCUCGCACGACCCGCGGUGGAUUAACGGACGGUUUAACCAUGGAGAGACGGGAGAACAUGCAGCCGACACAACCGGAGAUUUAAAACCAAACAAAACCCCCGAACAAAAGAAAAACAACGAAAAUGCGCCAUUAUUUUCUGGUUUAGUCUUGAGGCGUUAGUGGCUAGUUUGGACUAAUUUCUUCGACUGGUCCGUACUCAGUAGUUUAGCCGAGUGUCUCUUUUCUUCUCUUUUUUUUUUUUGGUCCCGAGCGCGAGCUAGCCUUCUUUCAGCGAAGAAGAAGAAAAAAUGCCACAACUAAAUGGAGGCGGAGGAGACGAUCUGGGGGCGAACGAUGAAAUGAUCUCGUUCAAAGACGAAGGGGAGCAAGAGGAGAAGAUAUCCGAGAACGUUUCCGCGGAGAGAGAUUUGGACGACGUGAAGUCCUCGUUAGUGAACGAGUCCGAAAACAACAGCAGCUCGUCGGACUCGGAGCAAGCGGAGAGGCGCCCCCAAACGAGACCCGACUCGGAAAGUUACGAGAAAACAAGAGAUUACUUCAGUGAAGCAUUAAGAAGGCAGCAAGAUGGUGGCUUUUUCAAAAGUCCCCAUUAUCCUGGCUACCCAUUUCUUAUGAUCCCAGAUCUCACCAACCCCUAUCUAUCGAAUGGCUCGCUGCCUCCUGGCGCAAGAUCGUACCUGCACAUGAAAUGGCCUCUACUGGAUGUCCCAGGAUCUGCAGGACUCAAAGACUCCCGCUCCCCAACCCCAGGGCAUUUAUCCAACAAGGUCCCGGUGGUGCAGCAUGCCCACCAUGUCCACCCACUGACCCCUCUCAUCACCUACAGCAAUGAACACUUCUCCCCUGGCACACCGCCUGCACACCUCUCCCCAGAAAUCCUAGACCCAAAGACAGGUAUUCCUCGGACGCCUCACCCAUCGGAGCUUUCUCCAUACUACCCCCUCUCUCCUGGUGCGGUGGGUCAGAUCGCACAUCCUCUGGGGUGGCUGGUGCCACAGCAGGGCCAGCCCAUGUACUCCAUCCCUCCAGGGGGAUUCCGUCACCCCUAUCCAGCGCUAGCAAUGAAUGCAUCUAUGUCCAGCUUGGUGUCCAGCCGCUUCUCCCCUCACAUGGUGACUCAUCCUCCACACGGCCUCCACCAGACUGGCAUUCCCCAUCCUGCCAUCGUCUCCCCGGCCAUAAAACAGGAGCCCAAUAGUGACAUCAGUCCCUCAAUGCAUGCCAGGAAAUCCCCUGGACCGCCCAAGAAAGAGGAGGACAAGAAGCCUCACAUCAAGAAGCCACUGAAUGCUUUCAUGCUCUAUAUGAAAGAGAUGAGAGCCAAAGUAGUGGCUGAAUGCACUCUUAAAGAGAGCGCCGCCAUCAACCAAAUCCUAGGAAGACGGUGGCACUCUCUAUCGAGAGAAGAGCAAGCCAAAUACUAUGAACUGGCGAGGAAAGAGAGGCAACUCCACUCGCAGCUCUAUCCAGGGUGGUCAGCACGAGACAACUAUGGAAAGCGGAAAAAGAGGAAGAGAGAUAAUAAUAAGGCAGACUCAACACCAGAGGACUUCUCAAUUAGAAACAAGAAGCAAUGUGUGCAGUACCUGCCCUCAGAAAAGAUGUGUGACAGCCCUGCGUCAUCCCAUGGCAGCAUGCUGGAUUCUCCAGCUACUCCCUCUGCAGCCCUGGCCUCCCCAGCUGCUCCUGCUGCCACUCACUCAGAGCAGGCUCAGCCUCUGUCCCUCACCACCAAACCCGAGGGACGCAUGCACCACCAUUUCCCUGUACCUGGGAAGGCUCCCGUAUCCACUUCUUCCUCCUCCUCUUCCUCCUCCCAGCCAACCAUCACCAUCCCAACUGGUACUUCAAGCAGUCAGUCCACCACACCCAUUCUCACUCGGCCAAUUCCCUUCACCUCGCUUCAUCCCUCCAUGCUCUCACCCCCCUCCCCUUUCCAUCAGGCAGCCCUUCACUCCCAUCACGCCCUAUUCCAGUCACAGCCCCUCUCUCUGGUUACCAAAUCAACUGACUAAAUUUGCAAAAGCAUUUUAACCCCAUUUAAUGUGCUGUAUAUUGCUUUUCUCUAAGAUAGGUUUUAGAACAACUUUUUUCUAAGUAAUGAAAAGGAAGAAAUAUUAUUGGUCAAUAUUUGAUCGCCUCCUUUCCUACAUCUCUCAAUGAAACAAAAUGUAUUUUUUGUAAAGUUUACUGCCAAACUGGUUUCUCUUUUUUUUUUUUGAUGCAUUUAUCCAAUGACUCUUGUAUAAAAGAUCCAAUGUACAUAAAGUUUCUUUAUAAAAAACAAAAAUGAAUAAAAACACCUUCUCUUUUUAGCCAAAACUUGAUUAAUGUUAGUAUUAAGUUCAAGUCAUAGUACUGGCCAAUAAUUGCAGUCCCCUUUUCAGUUCUGAAGCGUGUGCCCUUCUUUGACAUGUUGAAUAAACAUUUGAAAUUGU